UCGUAAGAAAUGGCGCGAGAUCGUUUAGGAUCAGAUUACUUAGAGAGUAUGAGCGACGCUACAACCUGCACCUGUACAACAACAUCUCUAGACAAGUGUUCCCUACGGAGCUGCACAAUGUUCCACGAGCCAUUCUUCCUCCACCCCCCGACGUCCCGACCCCGCGACGGUAUCUACAUAAAUCCAAUGAACCCCUUCAUCUCGGAAUCUCCAAAGCCAAAGGAUUCCGAAUCCUUCUACCUCCACAGCCCCCACGACCUCGUCUACACCAGGAUAACCCGGCUCUUCUGCGAGAACAUGGACAAGUCAAGGAAUAUGGAGCGCAAUGGUAUCGAGAGGAAGGACGAGACUCUAACCGUGAAAGUGGACGUACACAUCAAUAAUGGAAGUUUCAAGACCCUGAGCAACGGUAACUCGAUAAAGUCGGACAUAAUCAAGGACACGGAUCAUGCUUAUGAGCAGAUCUGCAUCAGGCCGGAAGAGACGGAGAGUGUUAAGUCGAUUGGAAAUAAAAAAAUUCACGACGACGUUAAUGGAAGCGGCCGUUCAAGAACGAGCGAACGAAGAUUCAGUAGAUCGAGCAGCGGUAGUGAAUCAUCCCAACUGAGCAGUGAAAUCCACUAUUCGUCAGCGACGUCAACCCCCUCAUUAUCGCGCAACAGCAGUAAUGAGCGUCUAGGAAAAAUUCCAAAACCCCCAGAAUUACCAGAUAGGAAUAGCUCGACGCCAGAAGGUGAAAAGACUUCGAAACCACCGACAAAUGGUCCCAGCAUCGUGAAUACACCGCCACCACCGCCGCCGCCGCCACCUCCAGACACCGAUGAUUCCUCAAAACCCAAUGACAUGAACGAGAAAAAAGACACCAAGGAUACCAAGAGCGAGAGUGAAAGCACCCCUUCAGCGACCAACAAGUCCGACUUAUCCUGCGAAGAGGCGCAUCAGUGUCUACCACAGGCGGAAUUUGUAGCUGCGGUUAGUGCCUCGUGUACAGAGACUGAGAAUAUCAAGCAGUGCCAGGUGACACACCUGGUCCAUAAGCACAUGGUGUUGCCAUUUAUACCACCGAAAUUCAACAAUGCAGCGGAUUCAAAUACAUUGCUCAAGCCAUCCGAGUAUUUGAAGAGUAUCUGCAAAGCUCCGGGGAAAAAUACAUUGUCAAAAGCACGAUCAGUCGACAAUUUGGACAUUCAAACACGAACAGACGAGGAGGAGGUGGUGCAGUGUCCAGAGGUGAAUCCACCACCACCAGGGCCACCUCCACCCCCCCUUCCCCCCCUCUUAAUAACAAAGGACACAUCAGCACUAGUGUCAUCAUCGUCAGCAGUAGCGAAUAAUCACGAGCCACCAGAGACCCCGAGGACACCCCAGCCCUUGGCAACAAUCAGCAUCCAGGAUUUAACGAGUGUGCAACUCCGCCGUACCAACAUCAAGAUGAAUGCAACAAAGACAUUCUCAGCCCCACCACCUCGCAGUGUCUCCAUGACCAAUGUGUCAGAACCAUUUUUCGUCCAGAAAACUGAUCUCAUAGCCGAGCUCAAACUUGCUAAAGACAUACCUGGAAUUAAAAAAUUCAAAGUGGAGAUGGCCAAAGUGGAGAAGAAACAGGAGCAAAAUCUCAUAUCAGAAAUUAGCAAAAGCUUCAGUGUCUCUAAUUUCGUUGACCAAAUCCCAGAGAGAGACAGCGCUGGAAACAUAAUUCCCAUUUGGAAGCGACAAAUGUUGGCUAGAAAAGCAGCAGAUCGUGCGAAGAAAGAGCUAGAGGAGCAGAUAGCCCGGGAGAACGAGGAGAAACGACAAAAAGCCAUUCCCCCAUGGAAGAGGCAGUUGCUGGCGAAAAAAGAUAACUGCGAAGACAAAGAAAAAAAAUCAACAGUACCGUUGCCUCCUACUCCACUGGCGCCAGCACCCCCACCAGUUAAAAUCGACUUAGUACCUGUUCAAAAAAGGGAUGCCCCUGCCGCAACAAGGCCGAAGGAAGUGAAAGUGGAAGAAGAAAGAAAACCAGUACCUACCAGGGACAAUGAUUCCGACGACGAUGCCCCAAUUAUUCCUUGGCGUGCACAAUUGCGAAAAACAAACAGCAAAUUGAAUAUUCUCGACUGAUUAAUUAACCGAUGACAUCAGUAUAAAUCUCUCCCCCCUCCCCCUCCCCCUCACCCCCAAAAAUCGACAGAACAACGGAAUAAAACAUUGUGCUACUGCUUUACAUUUAUAUGAAAGACCAUUCAAGAGCAGAGUAUUUUCACAAUUGUGUUUGAUCACUCGAUUGAGCACACAAUAUCCCAAUGUAAUCCAUUCAUAUAAGUAUAUGGACAUAAUCGACAGGCAAUACUAUUAAGAUCCAUCACCAAUGUAAAUAAAAUGUCAGUUUACAAUUA